AUGGACAUGGAGAGACUAGAGAGUCCCAAUAUUUCCACUACGACAACGACUUCCCAAGUUCUCUUUUCCGCCAAAUUAAAGGAGAUGUUGUCUACUACAAACGUCGUCGUAGUAGAGGCAUGGAACACUAGCACAACGCAAACGCAGACGCUACACAGACCGUCGUUGUUACACCCGACAUUCUACUGGAGUUACAACUGCGAAGUGCUUUUCCCGGGAUGGCCUGGUUCUAGCCGUUCGAUGUAUGCUCUCGCAAUUAUCUUCGUCUUCUUUUUGGCGUUCUUAGCUGAGUGGCUCACUCGGUGCUCUGACGCAGCCUCCUCCAUCAAACCGGAGGCAGAUAAGCUUGCCAAGGUGGCGUUUCGUACGGCUAUGUAUGCCGUUAAGUCCGGCUUCAGCUACCUUGUGAUUCUAGCCGUUGUUUCGUUCAAUGGCGGCGUUUUCCUCGCCGCGAUUCUGGGGCAUGCUUUUGGGUUUGCCGUUUUCCGUGGCCGGGCGUUUCGAAAUGUGGGUCGGGUCGACGGAGUUUCUCGACUUCCUCGGGCUCUUUGGUGGAUAACCAAUGGCUGCGAUGAUCGGAUUCCACCUCUCCUGCUGCAAACCGUUAUCGUUCUCGUCGUCGUUCUCCUCGCCGGAGCCCAAUUCCCUGCACUCAAAGCUGUCUUCCCUAUCCCUCAAACCGUCCCCGCAGCCGCGGAAAUCGACGGUCAUCCGUAUGGGCGGAGGCCCGAGGACGUUUCCCGGCGGCGUGUCGAAGUGGCAGUGGAAAAGGAUGCAGGCGAAGAAGCAGAAACAGCUCCUCAAGGCGCGAUUUACGAGAUGCGGAAACGCGCCGAGCUCAAGGCGGCGGUCGCAGAGCUCGAGCGGCCAUGGGAGCCGGUUCAGAAACCUCCGAAUCUCUUCUCCGUAUGCGCCGACGAGCAGGUUAAGGUUCUGGCGGAUCGGUUUCAGAAACCCGGUGGAUUCGAUCUCUGGACGGAACGGGAUGGUCCGCAGCUGUUCGAGACCGCCGAUGAUUUGCCUUCCGCUAGGUUCUUCCCCAAAGGCGUGGUUCACAGUGUGAAACCGUAUCGGAGAUUACCAAGCUCCGUUGAUUCAGACGGAGGAGAGAAUUCGCCGGAACGCGAAGAGAUUGGAGUGAGAUUGGAAGGAAGUGGCGAAGGUAGCAGAGUUAGUGGGUUGAAUCGUGGUCGUAGGGUGAGGAAGAGAGUCGGGAUCAGUGGCGUAGCGAGGAAGGAAGAAGGUAAGAAGGUGGAGAAUCGUGUUAAUGGCGGCAAAUCGAGAAAUGGAGGAAGAUCUCAGAUCACAAAUAAUGCAGAAAAUCUAUAUGACAAAGGAGAAAUGGCUUCCACCACCACAUUGUCCAUAGAGACCUUCACAAGCUCAUACACGCAAUGCAUAACAAUGAGAGAAUCUUUUAUUAUGAGGAGCAACGCACGUGAAAUAGAAGAAUUCUUAGUGGAGGUGGUGAAUGAAAAAGACCAUUCAUUGGAAGAUGAGGGUUUUGAUGUGUCAAUAGUCGUACAGCACAAUGGGAAAAGGUAUGCAUAUGAUCAUAAGGUGUGGGAACUGGGUACUAGUAAAAUGGAGCAUAAGAAGAUCGGUGCAGAAUUUCAAGAUUCGUACGAGGAUCAACAUAAAUGGGUUCUUGAUUCUUCUCUCGACAGCAGAGGACGUGUUCCUCUUCGGGCUCGAACUGGCGCUUGGAAAGCUGCACUCUUCAUCAUCGCAAUCGAGUUCAGCGAGAGAUUGAGUUACUUCGGGUUAGCUACGAACUUAGUGGUCUACCUAACAACAAUUCUCCACCAAGAUCUCAAGAUGGCUAUAAGGAAUGUGAACUAUUGGUCAGGUGUCACAACUUUGAUGCCUCUUCUUGGAGGCUUUGUUGCAGAUGCGUAUCUUGGCCGUUACACCGCUGUCUUGGUUGCAACCACCAUUUACCUUAUGGGUUUGGUCCUUUUAACAAUGUCCUGGUUCAUACCGGGCUUGAAACCUUGUCAUGAAGAAGUGUGCGUAGAGGCUAGGAAAGCACACGAAAUAGCCUUCUUCAUUGCCAUGUACUUGAUCUCUAUAGGGACUGGAGGUCAUAAGCCUUCCCUUGAGAGCUUUGGUGCUGACCAGUUCGACGAUGAUCAUGUACAAGAGAGAAAGAUGAAGAUGUCUUAUUUUAACUGGUGGUGCGUCGCUCUAUGCGCUGGCAUUCUGACGGCUGUGACUGCCGUUGUCUACAUCGAAGACCGGGUGGGUUGGGGUGUUGCCGGCAUCAUACUCACUUCAGUCAUGGCUAUUUCACUUGCCAUCUUCCUCGUCGGGAAACAAUCCUAUCGUUACCGGUCACCUUCCGGUAGCUCUUUGACACCAAUGUUGCAGGUCUUUGUUGCCGCCAUUGCCAAAAGAAACCUUCCUUAUCCCUCUGAUCCUUCUCUGCUUCAUGAAGUUCCCAAGGCAGAGUUUACUAAUGGCCGGCUUCUCUCGCACACAAACCAUCUCAAAUUUCUUGACAAGGCAGCAAUAAUCGAAGACAAGAGUCCUCUGGCUCUCGAGAAACAGAGUCCAUGGAGACUCGUAACGCUGACAAAAGUAGAGGAAGCGAAGCUGAUUAUCAACGUGAUCCCCGUAUGGCUCUCCUCGUUGGCCUUUGGCCUUUGUGCCACACAAACUACGACUUUCUUCAUCAAGCAAGCAACCAUCAUGGACAGACACAUCGCCGGUAACAACAGCUUCACAGUCCCUCCCGCUUCCAUGUUCUCUCUCACCGCUCUCGCAUGCAUCAUCUCAGUCACCAUCUAUGAUAAACUCCUCGUUCCUUUGCUAAGACGCAUCACGCGGAAUCAAAGAGGCAUCAAUAUUCUCCAGAGAAUUGGGACCGGUAUGCUUUUCUCCCUCAUCACCAUGAUCAUUGCAGCUCUAGUUGAGAAAAAAAGAUUGGACCGUACCGAAAACAACAAACCCAUGAGUGUAAUAUGGCUAGCUCCUCAGUUCAUAGUAAUAGGCGUUGCGGACGCGUUCACACUCGUUGGACUCCAAGAGUACUUCUACGACCAAGUCCCUGAUUCCAUGAGAAGCUUGGGUAUAGCGUUUUACCUAAGCGUGAUAGGCGCAGCUAGUUUCGUUAACAAUCUCCUGAUCACAGCCGUUGAUACUCUAGCGGAGGAUUUCUCGGCCAAGAGUUGGUUCGGGAAGGACCUGAACAGCAGCCGGUUGGACCGGUUCUACUGGUUUCUUGCCGGUGUAACGGCUGCCAACAUAUGCGUCUUUGUGAUUGUGGCAAAGAGAUGUCCUUACAAAAGCGUGCAGUCAAGCCAAGUCUUUACUGACUCGUCCGUGUCCGUUGCCUAA